UAAAACAGCGCGGCAUAGUUUGAGUAAUACAUUUCUUUUGUUUCAUCAUCGCCAUCAUCUCUUUUUUGCUGUCGUUUAUUUUUAUUAGUAUCAAUUUGACAGCGGACGGAAGUUAACCUUGCUCUUGGUUGUGCGGUUUAAGGUUAUACACGAAUAAAGCCGGUGUUUCGCUAUUUUAUAUAAAGUUAAUUCAAUUAUUUGUUUUUUAUUUAUUCUACACUAUUACCAAUUAUAAAGAUGGGUGACCAAGGAUUUUUGAAGCAAAAACCUGGUUUUGCCACUAUUGCAAUCCAUGUUGGUCAAGAUCCAGAGAAGUGGAAAUCGGCUGCUGUAGUUCCACCUAUCGUCACAUCAACUACAUUUAAACAACCGGCACCUGCUGAACAUACAGGUUUUGAAUAUGGGAGAUCUGGUAAUCCUACUAGAAAUACUCUUGAAGAAUGCUUAGCAGCAUUGGACGGUGGAAAGUAUGGGUUAACCUUUGCCUCCGGUCUGGGAGCAACAACAACUUUAUUUUCUCUCUUAAAUAAAGGGGAUCAUAUAUUGUCUAGUGAUGAUAUAUAUGGUGGCACUAAUAGACUAUUUAGGAAAGUAGCUGAAAGAUUCGGUAUCGAAACAACAUUCGUCGAUUUUACGAACUUGGAACUACUAGAAAAAUCUAUUAAAAAAAAUACAAAGAUGAUUUGGAUCGAAACCCCCACCAACCCACUCCUGAAAGUGGCCGACAUUGCGGCAAUAGUGAAAAUAGCGAAGGGUCACGACGAGAAAAUAAUCACGGUGGUGGACAACACGUUCCUGACGUCGUACUUGCAGCAGCCACUGCAGCACGGAGCUGACGUUGUCAUGUACUCGCUCACCAAGUACAUGAACGGACACUCGGAUGUCAUCAUGGGAGCCGCCGUGCUCAACGACAGCGAUCUCGAGAAGAGGCUGAGGUUCCUACAGAAUGCUAUGGGUAUAGUUCCAUCGCCUAUGGAUUGCUACCUAGUUAACAGAAGUCUGAAAACUCUGGCCCUAAGAAUGGAGCAGCAUAAGAAGUCAUCGCUUGUUAUUGCAAAUUGGUUGGUCAAACACCAACGGAUUACCAACGUUAUGCACCCAGGUCUACCGUCUCAUCCCCAACACGACAUAGCAAGAAAGCAAAUGACUGGUCAUUCGGGUGUGUUCAGUUUUAAGCAUUCCGGAGGACUGAAGGAGUCGAGAAAGUUCCUAAGCUCCCUCAAAGUGUUCACAUUGGCCGAAAGCUUGGGAGGAUACGAGAGUUUGGCAGAACUGCCUUCUCUAAUGACACACGCUUCGGUACCGGAAGAACAAAGAGCAGAACUGGGCAUCACGGAUUCACUGAUCAGAUUGUCAGUCGGCUUAGAAGACAUUGAUGAUCUGAUCGCUGACUUAGAACAAGCAUUGAAACUAGCUUUUGAAUAAUUAUUUUAUACUAAUUUAUUGUAUUAUAUAAAAUAUUAAAGAAUCACAUUUGCGAAUUCUAAUCUUAUAUUUUUAAAUAAUUAUAUCCAUACCUACGUAUAGCCUAUUCCGAACGAAGAAGUACUGGGACAAUAAACUUUAUACAUAUAAUCCAUUCAAUUUCAUGCUUUAUUAUGCAUUACAAACAUUCUUUUAUUUAUGUAUCUGCGCUUAACUACUUACUUAUAUUCACUUUAAUUAUACUUCAAAGUACCGAUAAGAACUUCGCCUAUAUUCGUUACGCCAGUUUUUAAUAAUAUCCAUAAAUACCAUAGAUUAUUCAAAAUAUCGACCAAUGAUGUCAUGACGAGCCGAGAUGGCCCCGUGGUAAGAACGCGUGAAUCUUAACCGAUGAUCGUGGGUUCAAACCCGGGCAAGCACCAUUGGAUUUUCAUGUGCUUAAUUUGUGAUUAUAAUUUAUCUCGUGCUUUACGGUGAAGGAAAACAUCGUGAGGAAACCUGCAUGUGUCUAAUUUAACUGAACUUCUGCUAUAUGUAUAUUCCACCAACCCGCAUUGGAGCAGCGUGGUGGAAUAAGCUCCAUACCCUCUCCUCAAAAUGAGGAGAGGAGGCCUUUAGCCCAGCAGUGGGACAUUCACAGGCUGUUACGGUACGGAUGACAUAACAAUUCAAUGUCAAAGUUAUUCAUUUGUCUUUACUCUUCCUUGGAACAGGCUAUAACUAAAAGAUUAUGUAAGUAUUAAAGUCGAAACCCCAUCUAUAAAAACAUUUAUCUUAGUAUAUACUUCAAAUUAACGAUUGCCAUGACGCUUAUGUGAUUACGUAAAUAACAAUUUGUGGUAUAACAUAUUUAAAAUAACUGUGACUGUGACAAGUUUGAAGUAUUGUUUUAUAUUCACGAUUCCAAAGCGAAAUAAAUGACCGCAUUCACUUUUAUUAGCACAAUUAGCACAUUAAUAUAAUAGUUUUACAUUUAUUGACAGAAUGAAUUGUACGGUUAUUAAAAUAUAGAUUACAAUAAAUACAUCAACUCGCAAACUUUAUAAUAAAUUAUUUUUAAUAAAAUGUUUUAAAUGUCAAAUAACUUGAUUGUAAACUUAAAAUUAUAUUUAUCUAGAUAUUUCUAUGAAAUGUAUUAAAAUUAUCAUUUUUUAGUUUGUUUGUAUAUAAAAUAAAUUUAAUAUUUGAUUUUGUGUAAUAUACACAUAUACUUAAAAUGGCAGCCCUGUUGGUCUUGUAGCUAGAUAUAAAGCCCAAGAGCCUGUGGGGCUCAAAACCCAGGUGGAGCUAUAAUAACAUAAAGGUUAUUGUGUUGAAUAAUUCUCAGUAGCAACCCGAAAUCGAUGAGUGAGGUCCUCAUAUACGUAUGUAUAUAGUGAGGUCCUCAUACCUGUACAUAUAUCAUACUUAUAAUAUAUAAAUUAUUUGCAAUGCAUUUAUAAAAUCGAAUAUAUAAUAUAUGUGUUUUAUUAGAUCACUGUUGUAAACUUUUUAAUAUAAUUAACACAAAUUAAACUGCCACAACUGAUGUGUA